AUGGGGCGGCUGCUGAGGCGAGCCUUGAGCGGGUGCGUUUUGGAGCCCGGACCCCCGGGGAAGCGGUGGCUGGUGGCCGGCCUGGGGAACCCCGGGCUGCCCGGCACGCGGCACAGCGUGGGGAUGGCGGUGCUGGGGCAGCUGGCGCGGCGUCUGGGGGUGGCGGAGCGCUGGGCCCGCGACCGCCGCUGCGCCGCCGACCUCGCCCGGGCCGCGCUGGGGGACGCCCAGCUGGUCCUGCUGCGGCCGCGGCGGCUCAUGAACGCCAACGGGCGCAGCGUGGCCCGCGCCGCGGAGCUGUUGGGGCUGACUGCCGAGGAGGUCUACCUGGUGCACGACGACCUGGACAAGCCGCUGGGGAAACUGGCUCUGAAGCUGGGGGGAAGCGCCAGGGGCCAUAAUGGAGUCCGUUCCUGCAUUAGCUGCCUCAACUCCAACGCAAUGCCCCGGCUGCGGGUGGGCAUCGGGCGCCCGACGCACCCCAGUGCAGUGCAGGCACACGUGCUGGGCUGCUUCUCCCCGUCGGAGCAGGAACUGCCCCCAGUGCUGGAGCGCGCCACAGACCUGCUCCUGGACCACAUCCCGAGCGAAGCCAGGGGCCCUGGUCAGGCACCUGA